AAGAAUUGUUGUGUUUUCAUUAGCUCAGAAUGAGGCCUUCAUCAAUUCUUCCAAGGAGCCAGCCAUGUUUGCCAUUCUACAGUAGCCCAGAACGGACAAACCAAACACCGGCUCUAGAGAGGGCCUUUUGUGUUUUUACAUAACCUGAAAGCCACCGUAGGUUUUACUACACACUUGGAAAGGGAGGGCUGAGGGAAAGGGUAUACAGUUGGUUACAAUUUACAAUCUGCAACCUCACCGCUAGUUCCAACAAAAUCCUACACACUGGUCCUUUAACACAUGCUGCUUUUAAUCAUUCUUAUUUCAUAGAAAUCCUCUCCUUAUGAUCUUUCUCAACAUGCGGGUGAGAGCACGCUUAGUGUCCCCUGUACUAAUGAAACCACAUCUCAAAGUUCCACUCCCCGAGAUAUUAAGUACACUUUCGGUCCCUGGAUUAGAGGGCUUGGCUUUUAAGGAUUUCAUAGAUGAGCUGUGUUUUUGCAUAAUUAGAAGAAAGUGAGAGGAAGGGCAGAAGGACUACAGUAAUGGCGAGAGAAAGUAAAAGGGGAAGGAGAGUGAGAGGUUAAGGAUUGUUGAUGGGAAAGGUUGAUGUAUUUACACUCCUCACCGAGGACAAUCACGUAACCUUCAAGUGAAAUGAGCAUGCGGCAGGAGCAGAUUCCACCCUACACAAAUACUGCACAAGCAUAAUGCAUGCUCAUGCAUACAUGCAUACACACUCACACAUGCACACACACACACACACACACUCACAUCCCCCUGACACGUGUGGGUUCACCUGACAUUCCAGUGGGAACACACUGUUCCACGGAGAUAAUGACCACCAGGAGUACAGAGAGGGUCAGUGGAUGAAUUGUGGAAAAAGCAGAGUCAGUGUUAAAUUUGUUUUUUUGCUCAAUAAAUUCAGUUUUUAUCAAUUUCCGGUUAGCAUACCCCCCCAGAGAAUACAUUUGCCUUUGAGUGUCCUUGCUUGAUCAACGGCAAAUACCCCCUCAGAUGUGACCACAUUCCCACGCUCCACUGUUCACGGAGCGAGGAUUAGUCGUCCUCAGCCACUUGACUGCACUAUAGAGGACAAUGGAUUGGAACAGAGAGCUUUCCUGAGGAAGGACAGGAUUGGUCAGAGCUUCUCCUUACCGAAGCUCACGUAACAACUCUUCAGCCAGCAAUCACUCUUCCUGGGGAUCGCAAGGACACCUCCUGAACUCAGCUCAUUCCUCAACCUGCCACACAGACAGUGUGGACUGAGGCCAGGCACUGUAGAAAUGGAGCGAAACAUAGGGAUGCACACCCAAGAGGCCGAGCGAGAAGUGUGCUUCUGAACGUUAUGCCUGUUCUUCUAAAAGAGAAGAGCUGUGGGAAACUGUAGAAAAUCCAAAGCUCCGAAGAACACAGACUUCCACAGUAUGACCCGCUGCUUUCCCACGUAUGGUGACAGGGGCUGAACUCGGCCACACAUUGCUGUAUGUGUGUGUGUGCCUGUGUGCGAGUGUAUGUGUGUAUCACACAGUGUUGAGGAGGUUUUAACUUCAGCAGGGAGUGUCUGGCCUCCCCUCCAGUCCAGAGGGAGGUGGUAGUGUGUGCCCUUUGUGUUCCGGAUGCAGAACAUCCUCGAUCAAAACCUAGACAUGGCUACGGCUUUACUCGCCGGCGAGAAGCUGAAGGAGCUGAUCCUGCCCGGCUCCUCUCAGGAUGAGAGGGGCGGGUUACUGGCUGGCCUCAUGGUGCAGCUCAAACUGGAGCUGCCCUUUGAUCGUGUUGUCACUAUAGGGACGGUCAUCAUCCCCAUCCUGCUGGUCACCCUAGUCUUCACGAGGAACUUUGCAGAGGAGUCCAUAUACUGUUACACACCACACAACUUCACCAGAGAUCAGGCGCUGUAUGCAAGAGGCUACUGCUGGACAGAGCUGCGGGACGCUGCACCUGGUCUGGAGUCUCACCUUUGGCCUUCAUUAUUUGAACACAAGUUCCUACCCUAUGCCCUGCUGGCCUUUGCUGGAAUCAUGUACAUUCCUGCUUUGGGCUGGGAGUUCCUUGCCUCUACACGGCUCACUUCAGAGCUCAAUUUCUUGCUUCAAGAGAUUGAUAACUGCUAUCAUCGAGCCGCUGAGGGCAGAGCCCCAAAGAUCGAGAAGCAGAUCCAAUCCAAAGGACCUGGCAUAACUGAGCGAGAGAGGAGGGAGAUCAUAGAGAACGCAGAGAAGGAGAAAAGCCCAGAGCAGAACCUGUUUGAGAAAUAUUUGGAGAGACGAGGCCAAAGUAACUUUCUGGCUAAGCUUUACCUGGGACGCCACCUGGCUAUUGUCUGCCUCAGUUCCAUCCCCAUUUCCUACCUGAGCGCCUACUAUGCCCGCCAGAGGCAGAAUGAGUUCACCUGUGCGCUGGGUGAGCCACCAGACACUAGCAGCUAUCAAGAGCUGAAGCUCAGGGUCAACUGUAAGCUGCCUGCUGUGCAGCUGCAGCGCAUCAUGGCAGCAGUAGAUAUCGCUCUGCUCUGCACCAUGAACCUCAUCAUCCUGAUUAAUUUGCUGCACUUGUUUGUGGUGCGCAAGUCCAACUUUGUAUUUGACAAACUACACAAAGUUGGUAUUAAAACGCGGCGACGCUGGCAGAAGUCUCAGUUCUGCGACAUCAACAUCCUGGCUAUGUUCUGCAACGAGAACAGGGACCACAUCAAGUCGCUCAACCGGCUGGACUUCAUCACCAAUGAGAGUGACCUCAUGUAUGACAAUGUGGUCAGGCAGCUGCUGGCUGCGCUUGCACAGUCCAAUCAUGACGCUACACCCACUGUGAGGGACUCUGGGAUACAAACAAUUGAUGCCCACAUGGACCCCUCUGAUCUUGGAGUGGGCGAGAUGGCUGGGGAGCCGCUGGUCAUCAAACGGCCCCGCAAGAAGAUGAAAUGGAUCCCAAGCUCAAAUCCUCUUCCUCAGCCGUUUAAGGAACCUCUUACCCAGACACGUGUGGAAAAUAACGCCAAGCCUGAAAAACCCAAACCAGUCAGACGAAAGGCACUAGCAGACAGCUUCACCGCACCACUUCUGGAUACCAAGAGCACACAAUAUCCUGCAAUAAAAAAUUUGAGUGGGAUGGAGAAAAAGCACACUCGCAACUUCUCUCUGGACGUCCACCCAUACAUGCUGACCAUUCGUAAGCCCAAGGUGGAGGCCACAACCGCAGAGCCUCUUCCCUCAAAGCACAACAUGGAUACAGUGUACCUCGAAGGCACACACACUGUCGUUCAUGUGUCUGGUGCCAUUACAGAAACUAAGAUUUGCUCUCCACAAUCCACCAACACUGCCUUUUCUACGGUGACCCUGCCCACCACUACUUACGUGAAUGGUGUGAGCCCUAACCCUCCUUCCAGUGAGGACGCACUCAGUCCCAAGUCCUCUCCUCCUCCUCCUCCUUCUCCAAGGGAGCCUCCUACCCAGACGGAAAACCCUGAGCGUCAGCCACCACCCCUGACCAGAGCCCCUACACACCAGCUGCUGAGUAUACAUCACACUCUUUUUGAGGAAGAAGAGGAUGAAGAACACCGCAGGGACAGACUGGCAGAGAGACCCGGGGAGCUCAUCGCUGCUGGGGAAUGUUAAAGGAAGAGAAGAAGAGGGACGCCAACCGAGAUUUCUUCUCCCUGACACUACACUCACAUGACCACCAUGUCGAUCACCUUCUAUCAACAGCCACCUCUGCUCUUUAAAUGAACUCACACACUUCUGUGAUGGGUGGAUUGGACAGUGAGGACAUGACAUGGAACUCUAGUAGUCGUAAAAGGCUAAAUGGCUGAACUUUUAGAUGGGAAAAUUAAGGAUAAGACAAACGUUUGUGUAUUUCAUAAUGUUGACAAGAGCAUUGCUGUCGGAAAUGAUGUCACAUUCAUGUCUCAGGAUGACUGUGUACAGCUAAACACCCUCCAAUGAAACCAGCAGUGAUUUAAUUCAACAGGGUGCUACAGUGCAGGGUCAUACAGCUAUAUGAAGAAGGCUUGAAAAGAAAAGAUGAGCAGCAAUGAAAGAUCAGUGAGCUUUCCAAAA